AUGGCAUCUGAGAAAUUCUGUCCUCAUCUCCCGACAAUCAUCCAGGGAAAACACAUUGAGGCCCUUUACGAACUCUGGGGAAUUGAUUAUGCCGUCGAGAUCGAAGCUCCCAACGAUGAUGAAACUCUGGAGACUGUUAGGCCGGGGUACUGUGGGGCCUACAUGUUGCAUUUCGAAGAUGGAGGCUUGUCGUUUCCUCUUCCUUGCUUUCUUCUUGAGGCGCUUGCGGAGCUUGGGAUGGCUUUUGCCCAGAUGGCGACUAAUUUCUUUUGCUACUUCUUAGCUUCGUGGAUCCGAGCUAGGGAGGAAGGUCUCGAGUUUGGCCUCGAGGAGUUAGAGCAACUGUUUGCUAUUAAGAGGAACAAUGGCUUUCCCGGUACCAUGAUUCUCGCUCCUCGACCCGGCCAUUCUAUCAUAGAUGGUAUCCCUAACAGGGAUGACCGGUGGAGGGAGAAGUUUUUCGUUUUCAAGAUUAACCCGGCGUCAGUCGGUGAUUUCGAUUUCUGGAGGAUCCCUAGGGAGUGGUCCGACAAGAUUGAGCCCUUUGGUCAUGCGCCUAUGACUCCCGAGCUUCGUUGGUUGAUCGCCACUCUGCGGCGAGGAGCGAGGGAGAAGGAGGUGUUACCCGACUGUCCUGACGAGUCUUCUGAAGUUGGGUCGUUGGAACGAGCUCAAAAAGCUCGACGUGGACCAACUCUUAGAUCGAGGUUGCAGGCUCAGUCUCCUGGUCUUUUGGCUAGGCAUGUGUCGAUCGCCGUUCCCGUGGGUGGGGUUCGUAAGGCGACGAAUGCUUCAACUGGUUCUGUUGGUGAUCGAGCCCUUGAUGCCGACGUCGAUUCAUCGACUCACCGUCACCGACACCAACGUCGAGCCCUAGAAGAAAUCAAUUAUGUGAGUUUUAAUUCCCCGUGCUCGGGGCUUCCUCCACCGUUGCGAGCUUCUGCUGAAGGUACUUCUCAGGUCGAUCCGAGCGCUCAUCUUCCAGAUGUGCAGGAUACCACCUCGUGGAGGUUUUUGUACAACAACAAGGUACCAAUCCUUGAGAACCCCGAGAGUCUCGCUUUGAUCUGGCGCAAGAUCAGAGAGAAGGGAUGCGAGCUUCCUUCUAUGGGUGACAUGCCUGAACGUUAUGCUUAUAUUCGGAUGGCGGUCGCGAAUGCUAAGGUAAUCUAUCCCGCAAUUGCUUCUGAUGUUCUGCUAUGGAGGCGAGCAAUGAAAUACGCUGCUUUUAUGGAGAGGCAGUUGGCUGACUUUCCGAGUAAGGAGGAGGUAGGAGGUCAUCUUCUCACGAUUCAACAACUCCGAGGUGAGUUUGAGGCCGUUCGAGUGACGGAGAAGCAACGUGAGGUCGAGUUUGCGGUAUUGAAGGGGAAGUUGGCUGCUACUGAGGUGGAGAAGGUUGCUGUCUAG